UAUAGCCUUUGCAAACUCUCGUGUGUGUAUCAUAUUUAAUUUAUAUAUGGUACGCAAAACCGAGCAAUAAACCUUUUUUAUCGCGCUAACCGUAAGAGUUACGUUAACAUAAAAAUCGUACAAGGCUAAUAAUGCCGUUGCAAGUUCACGACGUUCAGCAAAAUGUCGUGGAGCCAAUGCAGGUGGAUGCUCCUACAGAGGAUAAUGAUAACGCUGAGGAAGAACCGUAUAUAGUAGAGAACCCAACACUGGAUCUGGAAGUAUACGCCAAUAGUUAUACCGGACUCGCGAAAUUAUACAGACUUAUAUAUAUCGCCGAUCAUUGUCCGUCAUUACGAAUAGAAGCGUUGAAAAUGGCGAUCACUUAUGUGAUGACCACGUACAAUGUCUCGUUGUAUGUGAUACUGCAUAAGAAGCUUCAGCAAGCUGUCGGCACUCCGGGUCUACCAGACGUAGCUGCGCAGUCGACCUCUCAGGAUCUGUUGACGAUGGAUCAGACAUGGGUGGAGACCCGGUCUAAAAAAGCCGCCCUCAAAUUGGAGAAAUUUGAUACCGACUUGAAGAAUUACAAAAGCAACUCGAUCAAGGAAAGCAUAAGAAGAGGUCACGACGAUCUGGGGGAUCAUUAUUUGAACUGUGGCGAUCUCGUUCACGCCCUGAAGUGUUACUCCAGAGCGCGAGAUUACUGCACCAGCGGCAAGCACGUUGUGAAUAUGUGUCUCAACGUGAUCAAAGUUUCGGUUUAUCUGCAGAACUGGUCCCAUGUACUUAGUUAUGUUACCAAGGCUGAAAGCACGCCGGACUUUCCGGACGUUCACGGUAAAGACAACAAUCAGGCGAUAAUUACGAAAUUAAAAGUGGCGGCGGGCCUGGCGGAACUGGCGACGAGGAAAUACAAAAUGGCCGCGAGACACUUCUUGCAGGCGUCUCUGGAUCACUGCGACUGUCCUGAGUUACUGUCCCCUGGGAACGUGGCUCUCUACGGCGGACUCUGUGCCCUGGCCACCUUCGACAGACACGAAUUGCAGAAACAAGUUAUAUUCAGUAGUUCCUUCAAAUUAUUCUUAGAAUUAGAACCACAGCUGAGAGAUAUAAUUUUCAAGUUUUACGAGUCGAAAUACGCGUCCUGCCUGAAGUUACUCGACGAGAUCAAGGAUAAUAUCCUCCUGGAUAUGUACAUAGCGCCUCACGUGAAUCUAUUGUACACGCAAAUCCGGAAUAGGGCCUUAAUACAGUACUUUAGUCCUUAUUUAAGUGCGGACAUGAGACGGAUGGCAACGGCAUUCAAUAGGACCGUGUCCGAGUUGGAGGACGAACUCAUGCAGCUUAUUCUCGACGGACAAAUUCAAGCUCGCAUAGAUUCGCAUAAUAAGAUUUUGUACGCGAAGGAUGUCGAUCAACGUAGCACGACCUUUGAAAAGUCAAUGAGCGUCGGGAAAGAAUACCAGAGGCGUACUCGUAUGUUGAUCUUAAGAGCGGCGAUGUUGAAGCAACAGAUUCAUGUGAAGAGUCCUCAACGCGACAGCACACAAGGGGGCGAAAUGUCAGUAGCACCUGGAAACGGCACUCUAGCACCAAAAAAUUAAAUUUGCGCGUAUGCUGACACCUCGUCGGAAACAGAUUCAUAAACGCGUGUCAACUGCCACGGACUACCUAGAUAUGCGAUUAAAAAAACGAAAUUCACCCUCACCACGCUCUCGACAUUGUGUUACUUCUCGGAAGUCAGUGUCCUGUACCUCAUUCUCAGCAUAUAAUGUACGACAUGUAUAUAUAUAUAUUAUUGCCAUGUUACGUUACUUUAAAACAGAAAAGGCGGCGUAAUCUCCGGAAUUAAUAAUUAUACAUAACAAGGAAGCCGUGAAGAAAAAAUAAACUGUGUAACAUAGAUAAAUUUCUUAAUAGUUUAUUAAUGUUGUAAUAUUUUUCUUUUCUUUUUUGCGUCAAAAUUAUAUAUAAAUUCGUAAGUCUUAAGUUUCUCUUAUACAUUGUACGAAGCUGCAUCGAAGAUAAUGUAAGGUAAUGCACAAGCGAUGUGAACAAACCUAAGACCUUAACAUACUCUGCUGCGAUUUAUUGAGAUAACAAUGAUAAAUAAAUUCAUUAUAUUACAAUGCAAAAUUAA